CAGGCCAAGACGUAAUUCGGAGACAAGAUUGACCAAAACACCAGAACGACAUGCAACGAAGAACUUAAAGUUUUGUCCAAUCGGCGAAGAUAACAUCGGUAGAGACAAGCCAGGUACUAUCCCAUGUUUGCGAACUGAUAGAUCAUCAAAUGUCGAACUGGAAAACAAUAGUAUCGAGAAUGGAGAUGCUGUUUUUCAAGAAUCUGGGCAGUUACAGGAAUUAGUAGAAAAGCUAUUCAGCUUUAACGGUGAUGAUACUGAAUCACUGGCGUCAAAACAGUCUCGUCCCUCAUGUGUCUACUUUGUAACAACACUUAUUAGAUUUUGUGAAGUCUUAAUCACGUCACGGGAACUUAUUGGGUCUGUUUGUAUCACGAGUAAAACAUUCCACGUACACCUUUUCAUUGAUGAUAUGCGUGAAAAAAACACGGGAACAAGGGCCUGGAUCCAACACAAAAUGCGCUACUUUCGAAACAGUAUUGACAGUGACCUUCCAAAUAUAUCCCGACAAUAUCACAUGUAGAAAACUCCCAUCUUCAGUGGAUGUAAUCUGCAGAUCAUCACCGCGUAUGAAAUCAAAAUUAAUAUUCAAAAAAGCGUUGACAGCCAAUCUAAGUGUCUUAAUAAACGAAGAAGUUAUUGCACGCGUACUUACUGUUAUACAGAACAAAUUUAAGAAAAAUCUCUGCAACUACAGACCAAUAGAACAAUCGGUUACUCAACAGGUGUUCGAUACACAGAAGAAAAUACAGAAUGCAUCAUCCAUGUCAUCACCGUCAUGCGAAUUGGCUAGACCAGGAUUGAUUCGGGAUAACAAUGACCGAAAGCAUGUUAAAUGUAGUUUCUACGGAUUGGUUGCAGAUUCAUCAGAGCUGAACGGCAACAAUAAGAUACCUUCUCACCAAAAGUACAGCCAAGAAUGCUCAGUGUCAACCAGGGAAUGUUUUUCGGAGGAAGAACAAGAAUAUCCUCAAAAUGAUGAUAACAAAAAUAAAAAUGAUAGAUGUGCUGACAAUUUUUCUACAGCAGAAAGUGUAGUAUUAGACAAUACUUCAAGAACACCAGAAGACAAUAGUCUUGCAUUAAAUCCAGAGGUGAAUGAGCCGACUUUAUUUACAGAAAGUGUUCCUUCAGGAGAACACGAAACCGAUGUUCAAUCAAACCGACGACACAGUUCACCUGAUCGUACACAUAAUCAAGCCGAAUCUUUGGAGAAUACUGAGACUAUAAAUUCUGACGUCACUUCCGAGUCUGACCUCAUAGGAACAGCUUCCGGUGGUGCCGACCAUUUGAUGUACUCCCCUCGCAAUCCUAUGUACACAUCACCAGAGUCGCGCACACUUUCCUUUAGAGCUUGGACAAAACCACAGCACAAUACAGAUAUACUGGUGGAGAGCGGUUUAUUCUUCACAGGUGAGGAGGAUAUAGUUCGCUGUUUCCAUUGUGACAUUGGCCUUGCUGAGUGGGACCCGGAAGAUGACCCUUGGGUUGAGCAUGCGCGUCAUAGUCCAGACUGUCCCUUUCUCAAGAGCAGAAAAGAUUCUCGAAGUCGGUCAUCCGGGUACUUGUCACGUGACUGAACCCGGAAACGAAACCGCCAUAUUUGUUUGGGGGUAAAGUGGGGUAACGCGGUUGAAGAUGCCGAAAAGCUGUUGUGUGUCGGGAUGCACUGCAAACAAGAAGAAGAACCCGAAUUUCAAGUUCUUCAUUAUACCGUCCGAUAAACUCCGACGAUCUAGAUGGUUGUCAGCCAUCAACAGAGCGUUUUUAAACGCAGACGGAACGAUUAAUAAUGGCAAAGUUUGGUCUCCACCAUCAGCACAUUGUUACGUAUGCUCGGCACAUUUCAUUUCUGGUGAGAAGGUAAAUGAUCCUCGGCACCCUGAUUAUGUGCCUUCUGUUUUUCCUCACAAUGAAAACAGAGUCUCUGAUGCAACAUCAUCAAAGUCUACAGGAAAGAUGGAUCGCUAUCAAAGGGUCAUGAAGAGAUCAGCUAACACAAGUUCAGCUACAUCACAUGUGAGAAAGAGGCUUAAACUGAACAACCUACCCAUCCCUGAGUCUGAAAACAACGAGGAGGAUGGAAAGAUAACUGAACCAGAUCAUGUUGUAACUGAACCAGAUCAUAUUGAUGAACCAACAAACAAGGAUGAUGAAGAACAUGCAUAUGUGACAUUUGAAUCCUCAAUGUGUCUGGAAGAGAGUGUUGAUUUUAAUGUUUCGGAAUUUGAAACCCCAAUGCAACGAGCAAUGGAGCCAUCAGAGAGAGAAAUGCUGUACGCAGAGAUUUCCAACUUGAGGCAUGAGCGGGAUCAGGCACUUGACCAGGUGAAAUCUCUUGAGAAACUCUUAAGUGCUUCUUCCCUGUCUUCAGAAAGUGUGGCAGGAAAUGAUGAUGCUUGCAAAAACAUGAUUGGUAUAAGCUGGGGAGCAUUUUUGAAAAUUUUCCUUUUUCUUAGUACUUUCAUGAAUGCAACAAACAACAAUCUACCAUUGAAGGAACAGUUAUUCUUAACUCUUAUCAAACUACGACACAACUUAUCUUUUGAUUUCCUUGCUCAUGUGGCAAGACAGGGAAAUAAUUUUUAAAACUAUCCCACCUGUGUUUAAGGAGAAAUUUCCACGCUUAACUUCAAUUAUUGAUUGUUUUGAAAUUUUCAUGGAGGCACCUAGAAAUUUAUUGGCAAGAGCACAGUGUUUCAGUAGCUACAAGAGACAUACUACAGUGAAAGUGUUUAUCUCUUGCAGUCCGCUAGGUUCUAUAAACUUCUUGUCUAAAGCGUGGGGAGGUCGUGUUUCAGAUGUACAGAUUGUGCGCGACUCAAAUUUUAUAGAUCCAAAAUAUCAUUUGCCAGGUGAUCAAAUUUUAGCAGAUCGUGGUUUUACGCUAGCCGAGGACUUUGCAACAAAAUGUUCAGCUGAACUUAUAACACCAGCUUUCACGAAAGGAAAAAAACAAUUGCCAGCUUCAGAGGUCGAAACAUCUAGGAAGAUAUCUUCUGUGAGAAUUCACAUUGAACGAGUUAUAGGACUAAUGAAGAACAGGUUUACCAUACUAAAGGGAACCAUGCCAGUUAGAUGUGUUCAGAGUUUGAAAGAUGAAAGUUUGGAGUCUGCUGAAUCUAGUUGUGAUAAACUGAUAACUGUUUGUGCUGCAUUAACCAAUCUAGGUCAAGGCAUUGUGUACAAAGGCUGAGGUAUUUUAUAACUGUAUGAUACUAUUUAGUUGUACAUGUUGGAAUAUUUCAAAUUCUAUGGAUAUUUUUGAAAUAAUCAGGAGAAUGUCUUUGAAGUUAAUUUUUGCCAGGAUACAAAGUCUAUAGUAUGCUUAAGCUUUUACAAAUAAAUAUUGUUUCAAAAUCUUA